CACAUCUCUACAUAUUUUCUCUACUCAAAUUGAGAUCUAUUUCUUUGGAAAUCAUCGGAGAUAGAAGACAGCAAUGGCAACAGAAAGAACUUUUAAAAGGAAAAAAUUUACCAAAUCGGUCAGAUUAGCUUGCAGAUUUUUUAGGACUCGUUCGCUGAGACGGAGAAAAGUUACACAUCAAUUGAUCACGGACAACUCCACUCGCCGUGUUACCUUUCGAAAACGCAAAGAUGGUUUAUUGAAGAAGAUCAAAGAAUUGACCAUCCUAUGUGGUUUACCCGCUUGUGCCAUCAUUUACAGCGAGUACAAGGAUGGCCCGGAGCUCUGGCCAAACGUUAACGAGGUUCGUUCUCUUCUUGAUAGGUUAAGUGAACUUCCAGUGGAGAAACAGACCAAAUACAUGAUGGACCAGAAAGAUCUCAUGAACAAGAUGAUCCAAGACGCAGAGAAAAAGUUGGAGAAGGAAAAAGCGUAUACUCGUGCGAUGAAACUUGGGAUAAUGGCUUCGACCAGUGAUAUAACUACCGAUACUGAUUGUUCGGAGGAACUGGCCAAAGCAGCUGAGGUGAUUGACAAGAAGCUCAAAGUCAUCCAAGAAAGAAUCAAGGUUGUGGAAGCAGGAGCCCCUAUCAUCAAGAGAGACUAGCCUUAUCAAAAUUUCUAAUAUUAUUAUUGUUUUUAUAAUUGUUUUCAUAUUAAGAUGUUUGGAUUAAUGGUGUUAACAUUAAUGUUCUAUAAUUUAUGCUUUGCAUUCUUAAGAAGGACUAAGAGAAUUAUAAAUCUCUUUGGCCUUUUUGUGGUGUAAUUUUGCCUAGAUUUAAUAGAAUGAACACCAUAAUUGAUAUAUUUAAUUUA